AUUAUUAUUAUUAUUAUUAUUAUUAUUAUUAUUUCAGUACCUUAAACAGUACCACAUAUUCCAUCUCCUCUGGGUUUUCCACGAAAAAAAAAGACUUUCCGAACUUGUUUUUAUCUAUUUAUUUUUUUUCCCAUUUGUUGAAUCUAGACCUCGUGAACUGUCACGGGCACUAAAUCUCAUCUCCGUAGCUCAUAUGAGCGUCAUUUAAGAACCGAUUUCUUUUUUCAGGCUUCUUAAAAUGGAAGAGAGCGCAGACGCGUGACGCAGCGCUGCGCAUACAAAGUUGCGCUCCUACACCGCAUUUACAUAAAGACCUCACGAUUUCCUCGUGUAUAUAAAUCCCUCGGAUCAUGACAAAACGUAGGUAGAAGCCUAAAGGUAAGUCGUAGCUGAGAGAAUCACAGAGACGUAACAAUGAAGACGGAGAGCGUGGCGCAGACUGUGCCAUUCAGUGGCCGAAAGCGGAGUCUUAUCGAGGACGCGCGCAGAGACCGAGAGAGGGAGAGAGACAGAGAGAGAGACAGGGAGAGAGACAGAGAGAGAGACAGAGAGAGAGACAGGGAGAGCACAACUGCUUCUCCGGGUCCAUCACGCAGCGGCGACAAUUUGGUUUUUGAAGAGAAAAGCGGUAAGGUUACUCUCCACCUGCUCUUUACGCAGAACAAUGACAAACACGCAGGCUUCUUCAAAACUGGGAAAGUCUUCGAGACCUUCGAGGCGAAGCUGCUCCACCUGGAGACUCGAGCAUCUCGGAGGUGUAAGAAAGUGUCCUCAGAUGAGCUGGAGUUCUUCAUGCAGUGUGAAGUUCACAGCUCUGACACUGACGCCUUCAUUAACGCGCUUAGAAGAGUCGGGGACGAAGUGCGGCUUCUGCACGACGACAGGGUUCCAUGGUUCCCUCGAAAGGUCAGUGAUCUGGACAAAUGCAAUAACGUAAUUACGAAGUACGACCCGGACCUGGACCAAGAUCACCCUGGAUUUAGCGAUCCGGAAUACAGAAAGCGGAGAGCGUUCAUCUCCGAGCUGGCUUUCAACUUCAAACAGGGCGACCCGUUACCAUACGUCGAAUAUACUCCAGAAGAGGUUGCCACUUGGAGAGAAGUGUACAGGACUUUGACCUCCAUCUAUCCGACUCACGCUUGCAGACAGUUCUUGGACGGACUGCAGCAGCUGGAGAGAGAGUGUGGCUACGGAGAGCACAAAAUCCCUCAGCUCAGAGACGUGUCCAGUUUCCUGAAAGAAAAGACAGGAUUCCAGCUGCGCCCCGUCGUGGGUUUACUGUCAGCUCGGGACUUCUUGGCGAGUCUUGCGUUCAGGGUGUUCCAGUGCACGCAGUACAUUCGACACUCUUCAUCACCCAUGCACUCUCCGGAGCCGGAUUGCUGUCAUGAACUUCUCGGACACAUCCCCAUGCUCACGGACAAAGAGUUCGCUCAGUUUUCACAGGAGAUUGGUCUCGCCUCUCUCGGCGCGUCUGAUGAGGACAUUGAAAAGCUGUCCACCCUCUACUGGUUCACGGUUGAGUUUGGGCUCUGCAAGCAGAACGGGGCAGUAAAGGCAUACGGUGCGGGGCUGUUAUCCUCCUAUGGAGAACUUGUGUACGCUCUCUCUAACGGACCCGAGUACAAGCCCUUCGUCCCUGCUGAGACGGCGGUCCAGUCGUACCAGGAUCAGACGUACCAGCCCGUUUAUUUUGUCUCCCAGACCUUUGAGGAUGCGACGAACAAGAUGAGGCAGUACUCCUCCACCAUCCAGAAGCCUUUCACCAUCAGAUACGACCCGUAUACCUGCUCCAUGGAGAUCCUGGAUGAAGCGGCUAAGAUCCAGAACGUUCUGGGCCAAAUCAGAAAGGAGCUGAAGAUUCUGCACAGUGCGUUAGAGAGGCUGGGCUAAAGAUGAGCCUGAAAGUCUGCGUCAUUAUCAACCAUACAUCAAUCACACACCAAACACCCAUCAAUCACACUUAAAACACCCAUCAAUCACACUCAAAACACCCAUCAAUCACACUCAAAACACCCAUCAAUCACACUCAAAACACCCAUCAAUCACACUCAAAACACCCAUCAAUCACACUCAAAACACCCAUCAAUCACACAUAAAACACCCAAUAAUCACACACCAAACACCCAUCAAUCACACACCAAAUACCCAUCAAUCACACACACCAAACACCCAUCAAUCACACUCAAAACACCCAUCAAUCACAUUCAAAACACCCAUCAAUCACACAACAAACACCCAUCAAUCACACACACCAAAAGCCCAAUCACACACCAAACACCCAUCAAUCACACACACCAAACACCCAUCAAUCACACACCAAACACCCAUCAAUCACACACAAAACACCCAUCAAUCACACACACCAAACAACCAUCAAUCACACACCAAAAACCCAACCACACACCAAACACCCAUCAAUCACACACCAAAAACCCAACCACACACCAAACACCCAUCAAUCACACACCAAACACAUACACACCAAAAACUUAUCACACACUAAACACCCAUCAAUCAAACACCAAACUACUAUUAAUCACCCAGCAAUUGCACACCAACCGAACAACAAUCACUAGAUAUCACCCAUAAAUCACACAACAAUCACACUAAUACGGAGAUCAUGAGAUAUGUACAGAAUACACAAAUACAGUGUAAAUAUUUCUGUCCUCACACAGAAUGAUCCUCAGUAGACUUUGUGUGUGUCCAACAGAUCAACACGCACUUAAUAAAUCUUUAUUUUUGACUAUUCUCGAUACUCGAAAUGCUUUACAUUUAAAUUUAUCCACAAAUUCAGUGAUCCAUUGAGACCCAUGAGUGUAACCUUUUCUAAAAAUACACGGGCUAGUAUAAGCUAUUUAACAGCUCUGUUCUCAUACACUUGUUAAAGACAAUAAAACAUUACACGUCUGGUUACAAACAUGCUGCUAAUUCACCAAACUCCAGCAGAUCAAGUUCAGAUGAUUAGCUUUCCAUCGAGGUGUUUUAAUGUUGAUGGAUUGUUUGUGGUCGCAGUUUUUCUGGAGUAUCUUUUUACCCCUGAGGAAUUUAUUGCCUGUUCACUUCAGUUCUCCAGUCCAAAUAAGACCACCCUGCAGCACUGACGUUAAACACAGCUGCUGGAAAAGCUCCUUCGAGGAAGUGACAUCAAGGUCAGACCUGAUAACUGCCGUCUUUAGCAUGAACUGAAAGAAAUCUGGGAUGUAAAUAAAGACCCGGAGGACCUGAAAUGCAUGCAAGAUUUGAAAGUGAGUUCAGAAGCACACAAGUGAUUAAUCACAACCCGUAUCUCAUCUUACGUGCCACGCGAUCCAGCCAGCAAAUCCCUUUGCAAAACCGAGGCCUGGAUCCAAAUCCAGCCUGGAUCAAAACAAAUCUGCGUUGCCAUGGCAUCAAGAUAAGCAUUGAGGCUUCUGGUUUUACCCACAAACCCCUAGCGCUUAUCAUACUGCCACAAAAUGUGUUUUAGCAUUACCAUGGAUAUCAGCAGCGAGGAGGUCAUGGAGUUCAUUGAAAAUUACAAAAAAAAAAAAAAAAAAACGAAACAGAAAUUCUUUUGCUUAUAUUUUAAUACUAAUGAACUGUCUUAAGAAAUUAUUAAUCAGCUCAUGUACUGACUUUUUAAACAGAAUUAAAUAAAGAGUCCUGACUAAGCUAACAAUUUUCCAAACUGAGAAGGUUUCCCAGAAUCUAAACGUCUUCUGAAACAGCAUCUGAACCUCUUUCAUGUUCGACGCAAGCUUUAAGCUGUAAAUCUGAUCUGAUCAGCUGUAACUCGGACCGCACCACAAGAUGGCAGCAUUUGCUUAAAAUGACACCAAGCCUCUGUAUCGCUUGCACGUUCCUGUGAGAACUCUGGUUUCUGAGUCUUCAGCCACUCUGAGUUAUGAUGUCCUUUGGAAAGACACGUGUGUGUGUGUGUGUGUGUGUGUGUGUGUGUGUGGAGAGAUGUGGCGGCGGUUGACGUCGACUUCUCACACGCAGAUGUUCCAGCGCU